AUGCAAUUACUGGAUGCCAUUGACAAAUUAAAGGAAUAUUUCUAUCGUGAACGCAUGGAAAAUCAUUGGCUUCUGCCAAGCAUUUCACCUUUACUGUCUCUCACUGCUUAUGAACUCGAGAAAACUCGUGAAAAUUCUUCUACUGGAGCUAAUGGAGGAACUCAAGCUGCGGAUGACUCUUCAAGAACUGUUCCGAACGGGCAAUCUUCGAAGGAGAUCAGUGAAAGCACCCGUCAACGGAUGGAUCAGUUGCUGUUCCGUGUGAGUUCAAAGGCGCACAGCACACAGAAGGAAGAAUUAGGAGAUAAUGAAGAGAAACUGAGAUCCAAGCCAUCUAUGAGAUCUAUCAUGACCAUAGAAUUGACUGAAAACGAUGUUCAUGAAGGCCGUGCUAUCGGUGAAGAUGAACUUAAUGCACAACUGAGAACAGUCAUGGAAACAGAAGAAGUUCGGAACUCUCAAAGCGGAAGAUUCCGAAGGAGUGUGGUAGUGGACCGUCCUCCUAACAGCAAUUCUGUAAUCGAGGACAAUAGCAGUUCACAGAUAAUGGAUGAGCUGCACUUCAAUGAAGAGGUGUGUUCGAAUUUCCACCUUCAGUCGUCACCAAUGGACUUUCUUGCCUUUGUUCAGCUCUAUCGAAUCUACUCGGACUGUGCGCUAUUUCUUGGACGACCAAUAAAUUCGAUGGAAGAUUACAAAGAUGAAAAAACAAUUGUAAAGAAAGAACUUAUGCUGGAGGUCAUGGAUUGCAUUCGUGACUUGAUGUCCGUUUUGUCUAUCCAGACGAACAAGAAUAAUCCAGAUAACCAUGGUGAGGGUCAUAGCGAAACAAGUGGCAAUCUGCAAAGGAAAAUUUUCUCUGUGGAACAAGCAGAACGACAAGGUGGUCGUACUGAAGAGAGUGGUGAACGAACUGCUGAAGAAACGCCGGCUAUCGAAGAUGUAAAAAUCCAUGAAAAAUCCCAGCCAACGAAAGUGGAUGAUAGAAAUCAUAAAGAAUCAGAGGAAAAACAGGAAAAUCGACAGCUGCAAUCACACUCUGAGUCUGAACAUAAGAAAAAAGACGGUGAAAAUCCAACGGAAAAUAAAGAUUAUGAAGCGAGAAAAGAGAAUGGACUGUCAGACGCUUUUUUAGAAAAGCAAUCUCGAGUGAAUUUCAUUGAAUCUACUGGAAGAAGUAAGGAAGAAGAAACGCAAGCAUCUGAGAACUCACGUGAGUUAAAAAGGGAACCUGGCAUAACUUCAAGCGAAGGUUAUCGCACAACUGGAAAUGAUUCACUUCAUAAAACCUCUGCACUGACAGACAGAGCUGGGAUCAAUGCUUCGUCAAAAACCAUUGAUGAAAAUCCGCUUCUGAAGUAUGGGACUUCAUACAAGUACCAUAUCCAGUCGCACAUCAACACCUCCACACGAACUCCUGGCUUCAAGCAUACAGUACUCAAUGGUUUUGUUAUCGCUGUUGAUAUUGUUCCUGCAACACGGCUUCGUUUCACCGAGAUCCGUGUCCUUCAGUCGGAAUAUGGGGACCAGUCAGUAUCUGAUGAUAUCGCAGUACACGUGUCAGACAAUAUUCGAGUCGAGUAUCAUGGACAGCACUUGCCCGAGAACAUUUGCGCAUAUCACAAAGAAUACACCGUUUAUGAUCAGUCGUAUCAGCUGUUAUAUCUGAUUACUCGUAAUGCUCUUGGAACGCUAUAUUGUACUGUUUAUCGACUUCUCAAUCUCUUUCCAGGUGACAACGAUCCUCUUAUGUUUGAUAUCAGAUAUGUUAACAACUUCGAAAUGCAUUUCUUAAACAAAGUUCGCACUAACUGGAUGGAAGAUCCAUAUAGCGAAAGUGUAUUCUAUGCUACUGCUAACGGAAACAUUACGUCCAUUCAUGCCUUGCCAAUGAAUCGGAUACUGUCCGCCUUGCAAGACGGAAUUAGUGGAAAACGAGUCUUCUCUUAUGACUCUUCUACGCGAAGCGUCAUCAGUAUAUCUGGAAGUCUACUUUUCAGUCAACAUUUACAAAACGGGUAUAGUACCGUUUACAUUCGGUCUUUCGCCAAUUUAACUCAGUAUUCUAUUGGCCUAUCAUGUACAAUUAACGCUGAGGAGCAAACUGCUAGCGAUCUUCGUCUUUCAAUUACUAUCGUGCGGUUUGUUUGA